AUGGGAAGCUUUGCAUGGGAUAGUCCAUGUUGUUAUCAAUAUUAUGAUGGUCAACCGUUAUCUGUUGCUUUAACAGAUUCAUGUGGAUCGCAAAUAUUACCAUGUGUUGAAAGUGAUUUUGCAUUAGGUCAUCAUCCUCGACAUCUUAUAUCAGGUCGAAGAUUUCGACGAGAGUAUUUCGAAGUAUAUCAUCCAAAUGCUUAUUAUGGUUCAUGCUGCUGUUUACCAUCAAUUCCAUGGGGACCAAUGUAUCGUUGUGGUUCAAGAGAUGGAUUCUUUAGAAAUUUAGGAUCGGUAACAAUAGAAGAACAAGAAUAUCGACCUAUGGUUAGAUAUGUUCGUACAGUAUCACCAAUUAUUCGACCAUUAAAAGUACGUCGACGGCCUUCAUCUUGUGUUGAUAUUCGAGAAGGAAAAAAAGAUGUUGAUAUACAUCGUGAAGAACGCUAUGAAUAUAAUUACAAUUUUAAUUUACCACAAGAACCAGCAAAACCACCACCAAUAGUUCGUCCACCGACAACAAAUGCUGCUACCGUAACUGAUAUCAUACCUAAGCGACCUUUAACUAUGACAGAUCAUGAUAGUUCCGAGCAACAGUAUCAACAAGCUAGCAGAAAAGAACAACGCAAAGAUUUUAUACAACGAAUGAAUGUUCAAAAUGGUACAACACAAAAAACAUUCAAUGCAUUAAAUACAAAUGCGGAUCGUGGAAGAAAUUAUGUUACUAUUGAAUCAACAUCAAUACCAAGUGAAGCUAUUGUUACUACUACUAAAACAAGCUCUUCUGAAGGUUUCACAUCCGCUUUUGCGUCACCAUCAAAAGUUCAAGAAAGUUCUCAAUCCCGAUAUUACAUUGAAACAACUUAA